AUGGCUAUGCAACCUCAUAGUAAGAAAAGAGUAUGCUAUUACUAUGACAGUGACAUUGGUAAUUACUAUUACGGACAAGGACAUCCCAUGAAACCACACCGCAUACGCAUGACUCAUAACUUGUUACUGAAUUAUGGUCUAUAUAGGAAAAUGGAAAUCUAUAGACCUCACAAAGCCACUGCUGAUGAGAUGACUAAAUUUCACUCUGAUGAUUAUAUUCGCUUUCUUCGUUCAAUCAGACCUGAUAACAUGACUGAGUACAACAAACAGAUGCAAAGAUUCAAUGUUGGUGAAGAUUGUCCUGUAUUUGAUGGAUUGUACGAAUUCUGCCAGUUGUCAGCUGGUGGUUCAGUGGCUGCUGCUGUUAAAUUAAACAAACAGGCAUCCGAAAUUUGCAUAAACUGGGGUGGUGGUCUUCACCAUGCUAAAAAAUCUGAAGCAUCAGGAUUUUGUUACGUCAAUGACAUUGUGCUUGGUAUUCUUGAACUGCUCAAGUAUCACCAAAGAGUUUUAUACAUUGAUAUUGAUGUUCACCAUGGUGAUGGUGUGGAAGAGGCAUUUUACACCACAGACAGAGUUAUGACUGUGUCCUUCCACAAAUAUGGAGAAUAUUUCCCUGGGACAGGGGACUUGAGAGAUAUUGGUGCAGGCAAAGGCAAAUAUUAUGCUGUAAACAUCCCCCUGCGUGAUGGCAUGGAUGAUGAAUCUUAUGAAUCCAUUUUUGUUCCCAUAAUUUCUAAGGUUAUGGAGACAUUCCAACCAAGUGCAGUGGUGCUCCAAUGUGGAGCCGAUUCUCUUACAGGUGACAGAUUAGGAUGCUUUAAUUUGACGGUCCGUGGUCAUGGCCGUUGUGUUGAACUGGUGAAAAGGUUCGGCCUACCCUUUCUUCUUGUUGGCGGCGGAGGUUACACAAUACGCAAUGUUUCCCGUUGUUGGACAUAUGAGACAUCAGUGGCAUUGGGUGUUGAAAUAGCCAACGAACUGCCUUACAAUGACUACUUUGAAUACUUUGGCCCUGAUUUCAAGCUCCAUAUAUCACCCAGUAAUAUGUCAAAUCAAAACACUCCAGAGUAUUUGGAGAAAAUAAAAAAUAGACUGUUUGAAAACUUGCGUAUGUUGCCCCAUGCUCCAGGAGUCCAAGUUCAAGCCAUUCCAGAAGAUGCUGUUAAUGAUGAAUCUGAGGAUGAAGAUAAAAUUGAUAAAGAUGAAAGGCUACCACAAAGUGAGAAGGAUAAACGCAUAACUGGUGAGGGAGAGCUAUCAGACUCAGAAGAUGAGGGUGAAGGUGGUCGGCGCGACAAUCGCUCGUACCGUGCGCCGCAACGGAAACGUCCGCGCCUCGACAAAGAUCUCACUCAACACAAGGACGAUGCCAACAAUGAGGACGCAAAGGAUGAUGUGAAGAAUGUCAGCAACUUGGAAGAACCCAAAAAGGAUGUGACACCUAAUGCC